ACACUAAUUUCGGUCGCUUUUUCCAUUUAUGACCCUGGUGUUUUCUUAACUCAUGACACCAUUUUGACUUCGUGCUCCGUCUCUGCGAUUGCUGGCGGGUGUUUUCUUCGACGGUUUUUCUCCUUACACAUCUCGUACUUUUCUUUGGUUUGGUACUGGUGGUACUCGCCCUGCAAAUAGACGAGUUCACAUUCUCCUGGGGCGCGCGUUGUCAGGUGAUGAUUUGUUUUAUCGAAAAUCUGGCGCCGUCUCACUUCCACCCUGCGACUGAUAGACUGCAGUUUCCUUCUGCGGUGCGCGUCCUUCCUAGACACCUGGUGGCCGAAGCGUCGGUCUCGCACUUUUCAGGAGUUCUGCACAUUUCAGAGGCGCCACGAGACUUUCUUUCGUGAAACACGUAUUUCCAGAAUGUCUUCCGACACGGCGACCCGAGUCUCGAAGGCAAAAGAAAGCUCGCUGUCUGCUGCCUUGUCGGAGCCAUCUUUGCUGUCCAAGGCACUUCAUCCGACAGCUCACGCCGAGUGGCACAAGGACGAGGCGCUCGAUGUCUUCUGGUGGCUGAAGCAGUUCGCCGCGGUGGUUGUGGGCGUAGCUCUCGGCUGUGUGGGCGUCACCGGUUGGCCGGGCUUUGUGGUCUUUGCGGUAGCGCAGUAUCUCGUGGCCAACGUGUGGGCUCAGCACGCCGGACUCGUGGGUGUGUGUGUCGAGCCUUUCGAAAUCUUUACAGAGAACGCCUUCGUCGCUGCCGGGACGUUCGUCGUGCUGUGGACCGUCAUCUACUCGUCGAAGGUAUCUCUUGGACUCCUCUGAGAUUAUCCUCGUUUCCUCGCGCCAUGCAGCACACUUUCCUCCUGUCGGAUCAUGCUCCUUGCACAGGGCACCCCCUUACUUUUGCAGUUUCUCUUGACCUGAAUGCGCCGUAACUUGUGAGAACACUGUUAACAAAACUUGUCAUUGCACUGCUCUGCCGUUGCUGUUAUCAUCGUCCUCAACAUCGGACACAGCUAUUUAGAGUGAAAGGUUACCACG